AUGUCAGCGCCUGCAUUGGCACAGUUUGAUUCACGCAAGAUUGACGCUCUGACAGCGUACAGGGCUAAACAACGGGAACACGAGAACUUCAGUGAAAAGCUCAAGAAUCUGCGGUUCUCUCUUAGGGAUUUAGAAAAGGAGUAUGAAAAGACCGAAGAAGAUAUCAAAGCAGUUCAAUCCGUGGGCCAAAUCAUAGGCGAAGUGCUUAAACAACUUGAUGACGAGCGUUUUAUUGUGAAGGCAUCAUCUGGGCCCCGCUACGUCGUGUCAUUCAGGCCAACUUUGCCCGUUGACAAACUCAAGGCUGGCACGCGCGUCAGUUUAGAUAUGACAACGCUGACAAUAAUGCGAAUAUUACCGCGGGAGGUAGAUCCCCUUGUUUAUAAUAUGUCACUUGAGGACCCUGGAGGUGCCUCAUUUGCUGGGAUCGGUGGCCUUGGCGAGCAGGUCCGGGAGCUAAGAGAAAUGAUAGAACUUCCCCUUAUGAACCCUGAACUCUUUCAGCGUGUUGGUAUAAAGCCUCCUAAAGGGGUGUUGCUGUAUGGCCCACCUGGCACUGGGAAAACUCUCUUGGCUCGAGCUGUUGCAGCUACACUCUCAACCAAUUUCCUCAAGGUCGUCUCUUCUGCCAUUGUCGACAAAUACAUAGGCGAAUCGGCCCGCAUCGUCCGUGAAAUGUUCGCAUACGCCAAAGAACAUGAGCCAUGUAUCAUCUUCAUGGACGAAAUAGAUGCCAUCGGCGGUAGACGAUUCUCUGAAGGGACGAGCGCCGACCGUGAAAUUCAACGAACGCUAAUGGAGCUCUUGAAUCAAAUGGAUGGUUUUGACACUCUCGGGAGAACAAAACUCAUCAUGGCUACGAACCGCCCUGACACAUUAGACCCGGCUUUGCUACGUCCUGGCCGCCUUGAUCGAAAGAUCGAAAUUCCGUUGCCCAACGACCAGGCGCGACUUGAGAUCCUGAAGAUCCAUGCAGCGCCGGUCAACAAGGGUGGAGAAAUUGAUUAUGAGGCCAUUGUGAAGCUUUCCGAUGGUUUCAAUGGUGCCGAUCUCCGAAACGUUGUUACGGAAGCUGGAAUGUUUGCUAUACGAGAAGACCGCGAUUACGUUACCCAAGAAGAUUUGAGCAAGGCAGCACGUAAAGUCGGUGACGCUAAGAAGCAUGAAAGCAAACUUGAGUACAACAUCUAG